AUGUACGGACUGGUUAAGUGUGCGCUGUUACUGUGCGCUGCUACUGCAGCGUACAGUUUCAAUUUGGGAGAACGGGAUGUUGUAUUUCACCUCUUUCAUCGGGGAAGCCCACAGGUCAGUGAACCGUUGUUGCUGUCCGUCAACUCUAUUAUGACUUCUUCGUUCUCCCUCGCUCGCCGCACCAUCUUCACGAUACACAAUCACGGUGAAACUGUCGCUGGAAACUUCAACGCUUUCGUCAUACCCGCUCACCUCGCCGCUGAAGAUGUAAACGUAAUCGCCGUCGACUGGAGUCCUGGAUCGAAAUUAUACACCGAGGGUCUGGCCAACGCUCGUCAAUGCGGUCGAUUAAUUGCUGAAUUCAUCAAUAUCUUGACUACAACCUUCAGCUACGAUUCCGAGCUUAUUCGCAUUGUCGGACUUGGUCUCGGUGGACACAUCGCUGGUAUCGCAGCUAGAAAUUCAAACCAACCUAUUCCUCACAUUAUUGCACUGGACCCAUCUCUCCACGGUUGGACUCACAACCCUGAAAUUCUCAAUCCUGACGAUGCUAACAUCGUAGAAGUCCUGCACACAACAGCCGGGCUGAUUGGUUAUGACUAUCCUUUGGGAGAUCUCGACUUUUAUCCCUCCGGCGGUAGCGGUCAAAGCGGAUGCCUGGACGAUGCCUGCUCCCAUUCUUACGCCUAUGUUUUCUACGCCGAAUCUAUCAGGCAAGCAGUAGAUGGAGGUAAUGAGUUCGUCGGAACUGCUUGCAAUAGCUACGAAGAAGCUCGCAACCUCAGAUGCUCUGGACCCAGAGACGCCAUUUUCGGUGGCAUUGAAGUUAAAGAAGUUGAAAUGGGUAUAUACAUAUUCUUGACAAACAUAAGGCCUCCAUUCGCAAGAGAUUGA